CUACUAGGGGACAUUAUCUGUGGUCAACUCAUUUGCUGUUGUAUCGCUGAUGUACCAUGGGGUUAAACAUAGCGAUGCUCGGAAAAUUAGUAAAAAAUUAAGAAGUAGAGUUUGGGGAAGUGGAGAACCCUGAUUAAUCAUCAGCAAAAGAUCUGGGCACAUAUCUCAAAAGAUGGAUAUUUUUGUAAUUUAAUCGAGCACAGUGUGCAGGCAGCGAGAAACUGUUGCUGCCAGCUUCAUUCACCAAACGCCCCAAAGUGUCUUCUUGUAUGUUGCGACUGUCGAUCAUGGAACGAGACGGAGCAGAAGAAAAUCAUUCAGAUAACGACAGAGCGAUGUACAUUGAUGCUGAAGAAGUGUUUGUUUUGAUGACAAAGACUACCAGAGUAUCAAGGAACAUCAGAGCAUGUUGGUUUUUUCGUAACCUGAAACACACAGUCAGGUUCAGACCAUCCCAAGAACUCCAUCUUGAGGAUCUUAGGCAAGAUUUGACGUUAGCAGCACUGAUUCCUGCAGAUGGAGAGCCAAUGUUGGAUCCAAAUCAAACGUAUAAUGUGGGAAUCAGUCCAAGAACAACAGUUACCUUUCUUGCAUCACGUUACUGUAUUGCCUUCACGCUUGAUCUUAGUCCAUCUGUCAUGGCUGUGGAUGUUGUUCAAGGAAGACUGGUCUGCGAAGAAGUCUUUCAAAACUUCUGUAAAUGCCUACAAGGGCUGGUCAGACCUUUUCAUCUUCCAGGAAGUCAAAUUCUCUUCGUGCCAAAACUUUUUAUUACAGUUUUAGCCUACAGUCCUUUGGUCUAUUCCUUAGCAAAUCAGGUGAUGGUGCAGGGUGUCAGUGUGUCACAAGACAAUGUGAAUCAUGUGAUCCAGUAUGUGCAUGAUCACUUGAUCGCCUUUGAAAAUGCACUGUCUGUCAGUUUUAUUAAACUGCUGGAAAAUAUGAGUGCUAGGAGAGCAGAACAUCAGAAUCUUACAGAGGAAGAAGAAGCUGGCUUUGGACAUAAAGUUAAAGAAGAAAUGCUUGGUUCACCUGAAGUAGGUUUUGUUGACAUGUUGCGAUGUGGCAUUCUGGCCCUGCAGAUGCUUCCAGCCAACUCCAGCUCAGGGAUUGUCGUGGUCACAGAUGGCUUAGUGGGUGUUCCAGAAGCUAACUUUUUAGAGUCGUUAUUGAUGCAGCUAAGAAACAGCACCAUAAGCUGCACAUUCUUGAAAGCAGGAUCCUCAUUAGGUGUACAGCAGCAACUAGGACAUGUGCCUUUUGUGGAGCUGAUGCAAUUUAUUGCCACAGCAACCUUUGGUGGAUACUUUGCUAUGUGCCCUGAUGUGGCUGGUGAAGACAGCAAAGAGCCUAAUGUGUAUCACCAAGCCUUGUUCUACUGGUCCUUCCAAAAGGGUUUAGAAGGUUAUUAUUACAAAGAUGUGAAUGAUGACCCAGAUGUGAUAGGCUCGCCCAGCUGGAUGCACAAGCAGCUAUAUUCACAUCCUCUCAGAGGAAGGACCUAUGGGCUGGAUGUGUUGCGGAAGAAGCACCAGGAACGCUUGGUACAGGUGGGGCUUAAUGGGGUCCUAUCUGUUCGCUUACGUGAAGGAUACACCAUUAGAGAAGUGCAUUUUCUUAAAGGUGGUAGUGAAAUUGAGGUGAAGCUACUUUUACCCUGGCGAGAUUAUGGAAAAAUUGAAUACAAUGCAACAGCUGCUUGGCCUUUGGAUAAGAACAAAGCCCCUACCAAAGUAGAGAUUUAUCUGGAGGGGAGCUAUGACUUUCUACAUGAGAUCACCUGCAAUCGUGGUCAAAUAGUCAAGAGUCCUUAUCGCACAGCGAGCACAAAGAAGUUCUGGCAUCUACUGCAAAAUAUUUCUCAGACUGAUCAGUUGUUGAUGCAUCUGCAGUCUUUUGAUUCCAAUUCUGCUUACUAUGAAGUCCCAGACAGCAUACGCAGUGGUGUACCCUUGUUUGUACUGGACCCCGUCAAUCCAGUACUCAAUUCCCAGCUUAACACAAAAGAACCAUCACUAGCACAGUUUGCCUCCUUCUGGCGGCCAGUGCUUAUGCUGGACACCAACAUUUGGCAGAAGUGGGUGCACUCACAUCGUAUUGGACUUGUGCUUGAACAAGACUUGCCUCUACCACGUUACUUGCAUGUACCCAAUUCUAGCGGUCGGUUCAACAUACUGCAGUGUCGCCAGGCCCUGGCUUCUCUUACUCAACACUUACGUGACUGGGCUACCUUUGUCCUAGCUGAAAACCACUCCUAUAUCAAACUUCUUUACAGACAAACAGACAAAGCGCCAACAUUUUUCUGCAUGCUGCGUUUGAUUGCCAAGCCUCCAUCUGUCAUCCUUCGUCUGGCAUUCCUUGGCGGCACUCCAAAUAACAUGCGGCGACAUGAAGUGCAAAUACUAAAAGAAGAGCUAGCAGAAUUGAAGUUUCCUCAGCGUAACACGCAAAAAUCUGACAAGAAGCCUGCACUGAAGCUACCAGCAGGAACUAUGAAAGAGAAAGAAAGAAAGGCUCCACUGCUGAGAGAGUGGUCAGAAAUCAAUUGCUGUACAAUUCUGCAAAAGCCUGUGGAGAAAAUUCUGAUUAGAUAUGAAGAGAAACCAGAGGAUAUCUCUACUGCACAUGACUCCCUGGGAUCUGCCUUCAGAGGGGAGGGACUUGGUGUGGGAGGGCAGGCUGGGAUGAGGAUCAGACCAGUACAUAGCAAGUUUAAUACACUGUCACAUUACCUGCUUCACUACCGCUGGGUGUGGUCUGUUCAGCUUGCUGCAUCAGUUCCUGUGAGCCUCAGUACCAUCAGCAAGAUGCUUCAGACACUUACCAAGAUCAGGCUACAAGAGGGCUUUCAUUUUGCAGCAGCUAAUUCUGGGAUCAGCAACAUGGUUCUUGAAGUAGACAUGAUGGAUAAUUCAUUUACAGGAAAGCCACUGGAUGUAAAUUACAAAGAACACUCUGAAGAUGAGCAUCAGACAUGUGUGCUACAGUAUAUUGUUUUUCCUCCACAUAAUAAGACAUCUGUUGACAGUGUAUCAGAGGAAGACACAGAUGAGAUGGAAACAACAGAGGCUGACGGUGAAGUACAGAUCGUGACUGAGUGCUGGAUAGAACCACAGUUUGGUGUCUGUGUCAAUAAUACCCCAGAACGUCUGCAUUUUGAAGGAUUGACUGCAACAGAACUUGCAAAAGCAUUUUUCCCUGUGGACUAUGAAUGUAUCUCCAGUCUGACCACCUUCAACUACCUGACCUACUUAUGUCAAAGGGACAGCAAUGUGCCAAACAUUGUUCCUGACAUCAUUAAGUCAGGCCAAGCCAGCCCUCCUACAUCGAAGUGGCGUCAUAGCCAAACAGAAGAAGAUGGAAAGCUUCGAGAGUCUACCAUCAGUUUGAUUCCCUUUCCAUUUGACCUUUUGACUCUUUUGCCUCGUUGCCAGCAGGCUGAAUUAAUUUUUUCUACCUACAGUAUAGCUCGUGGGAAAUCAGCAGAACAGGAUUCUAAUGUGGACCCAAAGGGAUCCAAUGAACUACUUUUCUCAUUGCUGUAUGAAAAGUUCAAGGAAAUCCAUGAUCAAGAGGUCUCAGUGUCCGCAGAUGAAUGUACAAAGUUUGUAGACUUGCUGCUCAAGAGGGAAAGAGACAUAAGUCUCCACCCAUUUCCUUUUAAAUGUUCAGGUUUUGCUGAUGAACAAAUUGAUCGAAAGCAGCAGCAGACACAUGAUGACAGGCAGGAAACAGAUGGUGGCGAUACAACAGAUGCAGGUGGUCCAGAUAUUACUGGAGACAGAGUGAAAUCAGUCACCACUGGUAAAGAAAAUAAUGUCACGACUUCUGUCCCAAAUAACUCUCCACCUGGUGCACGUGCACAGCUUCAGAACGCUACUAGUGCCAUACCACUGGCUCAGAGUAGUUCAGGUUUAGCUGGCAUUGGAUCUUUACAGCAAAACCAAGCAAUGUGGCGGUGCUUUGUGAAAGCUACAAGCAGUACUCAGAUGAUUGUGACUUUCCUGCCAGCUAGCUAUGAUGAUUUGCUGCUGCUAAAUUCCCAGAAGCAUCCAGAGGAGGAACUUGCUGAAAAUGCCUGUAGUACAGGAAACAAUACUGGAGCUACUGUAACUGCAGAUGUUGUGGAAAGUGCUUCAGGAUGGAGUGGUGAGGCAGAAGACUGGGGCAGCAGAAGAUCCAAUGUCAAACAAGAUGAGAUGGAAAUCAGUCAGUCUAAUACUGGUGACUUGGAGUCAAACAGGGUUAUAGUACCAUCCUCAGUGCCUACAGCAUGCGAUGACACCUACUCCCUGACAGCAGCUGACAUGUCAGGAGGAGAGGCAGUACUGUCUGUAGCCACAUCUGCAGGAGACAAAGCACCUCCUGCAGUCAUUACAGUUACAAAGGCCUCACCUGGUCAGUCACCUGAGCGAACCAUUCCACUCUGUAGAGAAGAGGACAUUAAGGAAUGGGUAAAGACAAGCUCCUCUGUUGUCCAGCCACAGGUUAAAGGGCCUCUGUUGAUUCCCAUCUAUGUGUAUGAUUGCAUUUACAACAAUGUGAUUGAGUCUUUAGUCAACCGCUGGACAUUCACGUUGCAACCAGACAUCUAUGAAGAUUUGAGCUUUGUGUCAGAAACAGGUGACAAGCAUCACAUACCCACUUUCAUGGAUGACAGUCAGUCUUCGUUUGAUGUUCGAGAAAAUGUUAUCAGUGAAAAAGAGGAUGGGGACUUUUCUCGCAGCAAUGGUCGCAUGUCCCUUGACAGGCGUUCCAAUGAUAGUAGUUAUGAGGGCGCCAAUGAAUACAAACGGCAUGUUCAGCACAUAUCGGAAGCUUUCUUCAAUUGUUUUGUCACUGGUCUAUAUCAGAGUCUUCAUCAUCAUUUCUUUGUUGACAAGAGUGACAUUGAGGCAGCCAUUAGCAGCAUUUGUGAAGAAACACUGGAGAUAGACAUGACAACCUUUUUGCUUGCUUCCUGCAGCCAUAUGCAGCAUCUGACUUCUCAGGUUCGUCGUAAAAUGGCUGCUACACAGGAUGGUGAUUUGGGCCCCAGUCGACACUCGGUUCGCUUCAUGGAGAUUGUAGACAUUGAAAGUAAUGAUGGAGACCUGGUGGUGCCAGAGAUACUGCAGCUUCCUUAUGGAAUGGUGCCAUUGUUGCCCUCAGUCUUUGCUGAUACUACUUGUGAGUAUACUCCAGGAUUGCACCAGCUUGUGCAAGAUAAAUUCCUGGAGAUUGUGCGCUGCUGGUUCAAGCCAGUUCCUUCUCUCCCUGACUACUACUUUUACAGUCUUGAUUUAUCACAACAUAAUUCUAUGGGUGAGAAUUUCAGUGGAAACAUCAAGUACAAAGGUGAAACAUCUGAUGGAAAUUUAGAUCAAGGUGCAACUGAAGCAGAGUUCAGUACUAAAGCUGGCAUGGAUGAAGAUGAUGGAGACAUUGUUAUGGCAGAGUUUUAUGAUGAUGAGAGGAAGGCAACAAAAUGUGACUUAUCAGCAGUGUCAAACCUUGAUGAUUCCAUAUCUGAUGAUGAGCUGAACAUGACCAGUGGCUUAAAUAAAAAAAACCUGGCCCCUUUGUUUGUUCACUUCACGUGCACUUUAAAGCGUCGAACACAACAUCACAAUAUUAGUGUCACUUCUUUGCCUCAAUGUUUGGGAGAGAUACUGAGUUGCUUUGAAGAACCUUUGUUGGCUGUAGACUUGGGAGAGAUCAAAAUGACAUUAGACAUUAACUGCCUGACCUUGCCUGUUGACACUGAGCAUACAAGUCCAGGAAAAUCUUUGCAUAUGGACUCGCAUUCUAACCAGAGUCACAAUCGCUCAUCAAAGUCAUCAGAGUCGGAUAUUGAAGAUCUACAUAGCACUUCAGCUUCUGAUUGUGGUGAGUACACUGGAGACUCCAUGAACCAUUUACCCCGAGUCCAGCAAGAAGCUGUCAUGAAAUUCAAAUCAGAGGUGGAGUGGCUUUUUUAUGAUGAGGUCGCAUCAGCACUGAGACAUCUACACCCAUUAAAUGCAGAUGCCUUAGAGUUUGUUAUGCGGCAUGUCUCAUCCUCCUCCAGCCGAGAAAGACCUUCCAUAGUUCACCAGGAAAUCAGCUUACUCUUUGUGUAUGGCACUCAAAGAAGCAUGCAACUCUUUGUGGAGGAGUUUGAGAGGAUGUCAAUUCCAGGCUAUCGCCUCAACAAGCUGAAGGGCUAUUACUAUCUGGCCAUUGACCGUGCUCAUGCUGAUAGCAUUCGCCAUGCUCAAGCUCUUAAAACAGCUUUGGUAGAACUCAGUCUGGGAAAUGCUGGCUGUGGAGAAGAUGAGGCUGUCCUGAAUUCUGAUGGAAGAAAGCUCUUUCCCACCAUGGAAGAACGAAGCUACAGUCUGCCGAGCAUUCUACCUAGUGCACAGACAGAGUCAGCCACAGGCAGGACUAUGUGUGAAGCUGGUGGCAAUGACAGAACAGGCAAUGGCAGUAGUGAGGAUAACCGUCCCAGGAGCUCUUCUGAUGCAAAGUUCUUCAAGGAGAGGAAUCAUAGUGUGGUGACUUACUUUGCUGAUAGUGAUUUGCAUUCAGCAACAGCAAGAGACAAGUCAGUGAACAGUAAGAGUGGCAUUGAUCCUCCUUUGCACAAGUCCAACAGUUUUGCAGGACUGCAAGAACCAAUUCCAGAACCACCAUCCACCUGUUCUGACACCCAGUCAGGAUCAAAAGUAGGAUCUUCACCCUUAGCUAGCAUACCUGGCGUAAGAAGUCGUCAUUUUUCUGCACCUUCAGGACAGGGGACUCCUCAAAGUCUUGCUUCCACUAUCCCACAGACACCCUCUGUUGUCUCAUCUCAUGGCAGUGGCACAAGUGACGCUGGAUUUGAAGGCGAUGUGAGUGAUGCAGAUGUAGAUGAUACAGUUUCUGUAAGUGAUGCUGGUGUCAGUUUUCCAAGGUUACCAUCUUUUUGGCUGAUUUUGCAAAUCCACAACAACCGAGUAGAGCUAUUUUUCCAAACAAGGACACAUUCAAAGGAAGAACUUGAUUCAAAGAUACAAAAGUCACUGCUCAGGCGAAUUUCUAAAUUGAUAGAAGACAUAUGUCAGAAAGUGAACAAGCAACUGUUGUUGAAUGAGUUAUAUGAGACACGCAUGUGUAACUCGCUCUUGGUGCCAGCAGCAGUUGAAGACAUGCGCUGGACAGAUCCUCGAACCUUUGCCGGCCGCUCCAUGCUUGAUGCAUCUGAAGUAGAUGAUGAAGAUGAAAGUGAGGAAGGCAAAGAUCAUGGGUAUCUUGAGGCAGCUCUGAUAUUUGAGCCUGGCUAUUUUGCUUGUGACUGCAUGUGGCGCAAACUAUUUGUUUUGCAUCCCCGAUUGAAGGCAGGCACUCAGAAACCAGGCCCUUCACGUGGACUUCUGGCACUUCACAACGUGCUAAACAAGUUUUCUGUAAACAAUCGCAACAACAUGUUUGUGAUCCAGGAAGCCAGUUCAAGAAAUGUCUUCUACCUAAGGCUAAAGGAAAUUUCAUUAUCAAAUAUGAAUGAGCCUCCGGACAUUCAAGUAGAUCUUGAAGCAUCCUUAUCAGAUUUCUCAGUGCACACCCUGAAACCUGAUUCAAAACUUGAUAGUGAUACCAGGUCAGAAGGGGACACAGUAUCUGUCAUGUCAGGCUACAGCCGAUUGUCAUCACGUAUAGAGGACAUGGUGGAAUUGACAGCACAUGGAAUUGAGGAGCCAGGAAAAGAAAUCCAGGAAGAUCUUAUGAAGCUAUUGCAGAACCGGCUUGAUGACACUGUGGUGGAUGUAAUCUCUCUUAUGUUGUCUCGCAACCCACAGUGCAAGCUUCGUCCUGAGGAUGUUCAGUUCAUUCAGAAUAUGGAGCAAGAUGCAACAGAAACAUUUCAGCUGACCAUCCCCAGUCAUGCCAUGCAGUAUCUGUCAGCACUCAUCUGUUAUUUGAAACAGAAUCUUCUUCAAUUUCUUCAUCCACCAAACUACUUGGAGGAAUCACCGGACUGCCAUUUCCAGGACAUCGUACAAGGCAAACGAAGUAAUAUACCUUCUGAUCAGGUGUAUCUGUACAUAAGUCCUCAGUCAGGUGGCCGCAAAGGCAUAGCAUGCGUCAUCUGCAGUCUUGUUGAUGGCUGUGGAAAUCCUGUGAAACUCCUUGGAUGUCCCCGGCCAUCAUCUUUGUCAACACUUGGUCAUCACAAUGCUGAAAGCUUACCACAGAUGGUAGAAACUUCAUUGCACACUACCCCUGCUACUAGCUGGGGCCCAGGUCCAACAGCUCUGAUACAAUUCCGCAUAUGGCAACGAGGGUCAUUAGACCUGCGACAGCUACGUGACCGUCUGACAACCAGUGUGUGCCACUCUUUGUGUGAUUUGGUGAUGGAAUUCUUCCUAUUGACUGCUUCUACCUGUAGUUUACCGUCCGGUCUGCAGGACCAGAGGACACUUCCUGUGGCAUCCCUUCCUUCAUCUCCAGUUUUUCAGAAAAAAGAUGCAGAAAGAAAACAGCAGCCUCUUGGUCGCAAGUUGUCAGAUUCUGCCAACAGUCUCAGCAUCCGUCCUGUGCCACACUCGGCCUCUCCAUUCCAGACACUGCAUGAGAACUUUUCACCUCGCACACAUCUUGUUUCUCCCUCUUUGGGGUCUUCUCAGUCUUUUGACUGGUCUCAGGUCCAGGCUAUAAGUACUCCAGCUUUAGAAGCUUCUCUACACUCCAGUUCUUCGGCCUUAGGGGUACAACAGGAGAAAAGAGAGCUGCAGGAACUUGUGGUGCAGUAUGAGCAAGGAGAAAAGGGAACCCUUCAUCGUGUCUUUUCCUCACUUAUGGAGCCUUGGAUGCAGUUUUGUUAUAAGCAAGGAUUGCCAUCUGUCAGCAAAGUAGAGCUGAAUCUUCAGGCUGAGUUCUCUGUGGAGUAUAUCUUUCAUGAGCUUUUGUCUUCAGUGCCUACCAUCUCCAACAGUGUUACCUUGCGUCUUUUUAAAGUUUUGCACUACUCAAAUCCUCAUCAGGCACCUAUGAGCAUUCACUAUUCACCCUGCCGGCCACAACAGAUGACUUUAGAGAAUCAAGUGGAGUGUGUGAUAGAUCGGUCAGAGCUUGGACAUGUCAAAUUGAUAGCUGUGGGCCGUGACUAUGCUCAGUGGUGUUCCACUGUGGAGCGUGAACUAGGGGACCUUAAGGAGCCAUCUCCAGCUUUCUUCAACACGACCACAAAGACACUUCACGGAAGCCAGAAGUUUGCAUCAUUCUGGCAGGAGGGAAGUAAAGAAAAGAUCAAGGGAGGAAUAAAAUUCUUUACUCCUCGACAACACUUGCUGUUCAUCACAGCCUAUGAUAAAAAGUUGACUGUUUACAUGUAUAAUUGGGCUGGAGACCAAGGAGCUGUUCUUGAAAAGACUGUAAGACGCCUUGUGCAGUGGCACAAUGCACGGGCUCACAUCUUAGCUUCCAUUAUAAGCCAGAAAAUGGGGUUAUUCCACCAUAACAUGUUUGAUGAGGUGUCACACACUGUGGAGCAGAAUCCAUAUACACAGACCAGUAAUGAUCUGGAGAGCCUUGUACGCCACACAGCACCUCCACGUGAUGUGCAGCGCCGUCACAGCAGCUUGUCUGCACAGUCUCGAAGUUUUUCUCAUGUUCUGAACCAGACUCGUCCAUUUGAUCAGACGUACAGCAACCUACAGCCUGUUCGACCUUUGCAACGUGCAGCAUAUGGCAACUUGCAGGACCCAGUGUCUUCCCAUGGAAUGCAAGUUCUUGAAAUUCGCAGCAGAUUUCGGAAGGAUGCUGAACGUCUGAUGAAGCUUCGUCAGCUGUAUGGAUUGUGGUGGCAGAAGACUUCCCCCAAUACCCCUGUAACUGAGGACUACCUGGCUAUACUAAAGAAAUCCUCUCGCCUCUUUCACUACUGCGCCACACCUCUCCUCUUCUGUCAGCAAUGGCGUCAGUAUGUACUGGAACAAAAUGCUGCCACUGCGGACAUCCCUCCUGUAGUUCCUCCACCUCCUCCACCAUCACCAGAGAAAGAGCCUACGAAGUCGCUAUCUCUGUGCCUGGUGUGGCCAGGAUCCAGUCCCCUGGUGAAACGCUCUCGCCACAGUUCAGGAACAUUGGCAUCCAGUGGUCGUAGAAAAAGAUCUCUUAGCCAAGAUGCUGGACGUGGGAAAAAGAUUUUGGAAGCACAACCAUUUUCUCAGGUAGAAGUACAACCCCGUAAAAGUGCAGGUCCAACACCUGAUGAUCCCUGGCACCAGGAAUUGUGCCACAGCUUCCUGAUGCAGUACUGCAAUUACUUGACCACAGAGUUUGGCUUUGUGCGCCUUAAUCUGCAACCAGGACUGCCCAAGAGAGGGUCUGGCCUCACAACAAUGCAGAAUUCAGGAAAUGUUGGUGAGCGCUUUCAGCAACAUUUGACAGUGAAUCUACAGAAGACACUGACUGCCGGGAUCAUCCUCAUGGAACUUAGUCUGCAUGGCCAAUACUUCUUCCUAAAGAUGUUUGUCUUUGACUGCCUGCACACACUUGGCAUCAACCCCAACCAGCAGAUGAAGCUGCUCUUUGUUGAUGAAUGUGAGAAGUACAGAGACUUAAUCCACGUUCACUCCUUUGCCCAUGAUUUCCAUUUGCGAUGUGUUCAUCAUUUUCUUCGUGUUAACUCCAGUAUUUUCCAUCCUGGUUUCCACCUCAGCAAUUUCCUGGCAGAUUUUCUACAGAUUUAUCCAGUACCACCCACUUUCUCCCGAAACUGUUUGGCUCAAGAGACAAUGCAGAUCCAGGAGUUGCCAUGCCCAGGACCUCAGCUUUUCAGCUACAUGCAAAACCAGAUUCGUCAGUUUUCCAUGACAGCAUUGCGCAUGACACCUUCAGAACCUGCUGUGGAGCCAGACUACUGCUAUAUCAAGGGAGAUGAAUUUGCCCUUGUCCAAACAUGCAUUCUCCAGCCCACCCAUAUGGAGGAAGGAGUGAAUGUUGAAGAGGAAAGAGAUGCAUACAACAUGGCACUCAUCAUCACCCAUGACAUCAAGCACAGUUUGCCAAGUCAGGAGAUGGACCUCAUGAUGCUUAGAAUAAAGUUUUAUGUAGUACUAACUCGCCAGCGUGACUGCCACCCAAAACGGACACUGGAGAAGAAGUUUGGAGACUUCAGACAAGGGAGCCAAGGGCACCUUGCUUCUGGAGGGUGCAGUGGUGUCAUUAGUGUGUCAGGUGGCAGCGAUAUUGGUGCUGCAGUGGCUGUAAAACAACACCUUGGAGUGCGACAGGAGCAUAUCAAUUACCUGGGCUAUAGCAACAUACAUCAAACAUAUCUGUAUACCUUGCUGAAUACUCAGGUCCAGGCUGGGAGAGAUAAAGUACAAGAGAUGGUGGAGUUGUCCAAAGUCAAGUGUCGUCGCGACUAUCUGUGGCACCGCAUGACAACUGCGGUACUGCGAGAGGAUGUCAGAAAGAAGGGCAAGAUAACAGAAGAGGCUGUAGACCUAGCUUUAACACCGCUGACUUUUGUGGAGUUUGGGGAGUUGCUAGAUUUGGUCUGUCUGCAAGCCUUGCCUGAGGUUGACAGUCGGCUGAUGCUGUUUGGUAACAUGCCAACCACUUGGUAUGCCAGCCUGCUUCCAGUCCUAAUUUCUCGAUUCCCUUCCAACUACCGCUGCUUUACCAGCCCAGAUAGUCACUUGCAACACAUGGUGAUUCUUAACAGGAACUGGUUAGACAUGUGUAUUCUUUUGUCCAUUGACAGAAAUACAGGAUGCACGGCAUUUUGUUCAGUGACAAGAGAACCAUAUGUUGAGUCAGAAGAGCGAGAAGACAGCCCCAGUCUGUUGCUGCGCCAGAUGUACAGUCUAAUUGAAGACUUUGUCAGUGCUUGUUGUUUCCACCUUUGGACAACUGUUUUGUGAAAGGAUAUAAUGCUUCUGGUGUUAGAGAUCCUACAGCUUACAAUGAUUGGUGUGAUUGAACUAAUAAAUGUUUUAGCUGUUGUGUGGCAUUGCUGACACCCUGACAGUAACUGCUACUGUCUGCUGACAGUGUCACAGUGACUAUGAGUGGCUCACCUAUACUGACAGCAGCUGGUAUAUGUAGCACUCUGUAAUUAUUUGCUACGUGUGCAGACACUAUCGGAUCUCCUGAGAAGUUCUUGUGCAUGUGAUAUGACUGGAAAAUUACUGUUUAUCUUUGAAUAAUGACAUUGGUUAUGACAAUAAUUACAAGAUGAUCAUUUUCAUAAAAAUGCUUACAGAUGUGUGGACAUUUAUCGUGUUAAUACUUUUUUUUAAAAUAAAGAGUACUCCACUACUGAAUGACAUAGUAUAAUGCUGUCUGCCACAGAUUCAGGUGGCUUUGUGAUUCCUCAGGCUGUCAAACUAGUGUUUUUGAUGGUCACUGGAAUCACAUUAAGACAGCUUUAAACACAACUUUUGAUGCUAGUUAAUAAAAAACAGGGUCAACAAUAGAGGUAAGGCCAUGCUGGUCACGUAGGAAGGACUGGAUCAACAGCAACUUUUCUUGAUGAUGCUUGUGCUUUCCGAUGCGAUGGCUUUGGACUCUUGCAGGAUGUGUGUGUAUGCAUGUCAAAGCUUCAUUUAUCUGUAUUUUGUCUUCAGUCUGUAUAUUGUGUCCAGCCUAAAAAUUCUUCAUGAAUAAUUUAGGAUUUAUCAAAUUUUUAUUAGUAUAUUGUCCAUAUUCAUGUCACUUCUGGUAAGCUACUGAAACUUUAAUAUUAAAAAGUAUUAUGAAUGGGAAUAUUAUAACAGACAGCAAAUACAGCAUGUACAAAUUUUAUUUCUGAAAUAAACUUGUCAAACAUAUGUGGUAUGUACACAUACUUGCAUGCACACUGCAUACUAAGUGAGAAAAUGCAGGAGAAAUUUGAAUAGAAUGGUGUGCAUGAGGCAAAUUUUAAUGUCACAUGGGGGGUAAAGGGAGAAGAUUUAUAAAGACUCUUGGAAUACAUAAGAAAAGUACUUCCAGGUUACAAGAUACAAAGUACUGAUAUAUAUAUAACUGCACCAUAAACACAUAAUUGUAUUUACAAUGUUUUCUGUAUUGGCUCCACAGUUAUGGAUUAUUGGAGGAAAAAAACCUUGCACAGCAGUUUCUUAAAAAUAUAUAUUUGAUAUUUAAGUAUAUAUAUAUAUAGAGAGAGAUUGCAUAGACUUGUUUGAUGUUUUCAUGUUCUCUUUGCUCAUCACUGUAUCAGUCUGAUUAUUUCAAAUUACUUAUAAAUGUGACUUUUGUAUGCUAAGACAGGAUGCAUACACAUGUACAGGACGCUUAGAGCUCACAAUGUUAAAUCACACAGGUUAUCAGUUCAUAUAGAGAAGCUAAAGAAAUGCUGGAGGUCAGUGUCGGAUUAUUUUGACAGUGCUCCAGGACUUCAAGGCAUGUGAGGCUUUUUCUUUCUAUAACCUCAAAACGCCCAUGCUAAUUAAAUUAUGAGCGGCUCAAUCAUAUAAACUAUGGGUGCCCAACCUAUGGUCCAAAAAGGUGCCUCAUCUGGCCCGCUCAUUUAACAAGACAACAUAAUUUCAUUUUAAUGUUACGAUUCUGGCAAAACCAUCAUGUUCUGGCCUGCAAGAUUUUAUAUCAUGUCCAGUGCGGCCCUCGAGCGAGAAAAGGUUGGGGACCACUGAUGUAAAUCCACCUAUUGUAUUUGAUCAUCACCUCACAUCUGAACACCUGUUGGGAACUUGUCUUCUCUACAUAUACAGAUGCAUUGUUAAGCCAAUGUUUUUUAUGUAUUCAGAUAAGGCACAAAUUAUCUAAUAAAUCUUGGUUUUAAA